AUGCUUAAUACGGAUCCUACAUCUGCUUAUGUGCUUACUUGGAAGAAACCUUCUACAAAUUGGUUGAAGUGUGAUGUUGAUGGAGCUAUUUUCAUGAUAGAAGGGAAAUUUGGUAUCGGUAUAUGCUUUCGUGAUAGUUUGAGUUCCUCUGUUCAAACAUAUACUAUGAUUUUUCCCUUUAUAGUUACUGCCGCUGAAUGUGAAGCUACCACAAUGAAGCAUGCUCUCGCGCUCGCUUUGUCUAAUGGUUUUGAGAGAGUUAUAUAUUUGAAAGUGACUGUCAACAGUUCCCUUCUCAAUUCUAAUGCUAAUUACAACAUAGCUUAUGUUAGAAGGCAAGUGAAUAGAGUCGCUCACAAUCUUGAUAGAGUGUCUUUAUUUCAGUCUAGCUCAGGUGUUCAUCAUUAUUAUCCACCCAAUUAUAUAUCUUCUACUAUAUUGAAUGAAAUGCAAUGA